AUGGCUAUAAGCGCUUUCGAAGUUCAAAAUGAAAGUGUACCAGAUAUUGUAACAAAUAAUCAGGAUAAUGCCGUUGUUCAAUCCCGACCAUUACGGAGUGUUCAAGCAUAUGCAAAACUAGAAUUUAAUGCAUUUAGUUUUUAUGUCCAGACAUUACAGGUUAUUAUAGGACGUAAGGCAAGUAAAUCGGACCAAGUAGAUGUACAUAUUGGAUCCACAAAGGCUAUCUCUCGUCAGCAUGCAAAAUUAUUUUAUGAUUUUACUUCUCAGCAUUUUAAAAUUUUUGUAAUGGGUAAAAAUGGAGCUUUUGUAGAUGAACAAUUUGUGGAAUGUGGAAAAACUAUUCCUCUUUAUGACAAGACAAAAAUUCAAAUUGGUAAAGUAUUUUUUACAUUUUUACUUCCAAAUUCUACUGGAAAGGAAAAUAAUGAAAAUAAAAAAAGUAUUAAUACAGAUCAAAUAAAGAUUGAAAAAUCUGAGUUUCCUGAGGGUAAUUCUGAAUCUUCAGUUAAUGAUUUAACUAAGUCGUCUUGCAUAAUAUGCCCUGCUAUAGAAUUAGAUCAAGAAUUCGCCAAGGCUCAUAAAUUAGAUAUCUCAUCAGAAUCAUUAAAUGUUAUGAAUGACAAAAUAUCUGAGUUCGAUAAUGUUGAUAUUAAUUUUCAUAAUGAACCUAUAUCUUUUCAUGACAAGUCAUGUAAUAUAUCGACAAAAGAACAUAUUAAACCAGAUUUAUCUUAUGCAUCAUUGAUUGCACAAGCUAUUUUGUCAUCACCUACUAAAAAAAUGACACUUUCUGAUAUUUAUGAAUGGAUUACUCAGACAUAUAAAUAUUAUAAAUAUGCUCAAAAUGGUUGGCAAAAUUCUAUUCGACAUAGCUUAUCACUUAACAAAGUAUUUAAGAAAAUAUUUAGGAAAGAUGGUGAACCUGGGAAAGGUUCUUUUUGGACAAUAAACUCUGAAUAUCAGGAUCAGUUCAAAAGUGGUAUUUAUAAACGAAAUCGGAAAAAUAUUAUUUCUUUAUCACCACAACAUUUAAUACCACAGUCUUCUUCCAUAAUUGAUGACAUUUCUUUAAAACCUCUAGGUGAUUCUGUUCCAAUUGCUAUUAUGCAAGAUGGUCAAUUGUCAUUAAAUCCUGAGUAUUUUAAUAGUGCGAAUAACAACAAUGACUUUAGUAAAGUACAAAUUGUUCAAGCAAUUGUUCUUUUACAGAAAUAUGUAAUAACACAACUUGGACCUCAUGCUAAAAAUCCUCAGAAUGCAGCAGCUAUCGCAAAUGCAUUAAUUGUUGCGUUGGAUCAACAACUACAGAAACACAAAUGCCAUAAAGAUUUUAUUUCUACUACUUUCAAAAAUCUAAUUUCUUUACCUAGCAUUAUUGAAAAAGAGUCUACAUCAAAUGAAUUUUCUAAAAACGAAAAACCUGCAUUUAAACCACUCAUGCCUUUAACAUUUAUGACACAAACGCCUCAAAAUACAGAUCUUUCUAAAACUGCAUCUAAUCUAUCUAUCAGUCAGUCAUGCUCAAUAAAUGAUGAACUAACGUCAAAACAAUUAUAUCCUGUACAGAUUCCACCGCCUCCUCCAUAUUAUUCGAAACCGCAAACACCUAAUGUUAUAAAUCAUAUAUCAUUGGAUUCAACAGAAAAAAAAGAGCAUAUUCAAAUUUCAUCUUUAGAAAAUUAUUCAACGGAUUCAUCAUUAAAUUAUAAACAAGGACGUAAACGGCCACAUGAAAGCAGUGAAAAGGCUCUAUGUUUUACAAAUACAACAGAUGCAUUAUUAGGGAAUGAUAAUAAAAGCAAAAAAAAUUAA